AUGUCGGAAUCUCUUCGCUUCGACACAAUAUUCAACCUUCAAGGACGCGUCGCUUUGGUCACCGGAGGCGGCACGGGCAUCGGCUUCCAGAUCUCUUCGGGGCUAGCGGCCAACGGCGCAAAGGUGUAUAUCACAGGGCGGAGGAAAGAUACCCUCGAUAAUGCUGUCAAGGAGUUCGGGGAGAAGCAUCAGGAUGCAACUGGAUCUAUAACUGCAUUGACGGUGGAUGUGACAGAUCGCACAAGCAUCGCAGCUGCGCGCGACCUCAUUGCGUCUAAAGAGGGAAGGCUUCACAUUUUGGUGAACAAUGCUGGUCAGACCGGUCCUGUAUCGCCAUGGUUCGAGAACCCGAAUGCACCGCAACGUCAGAACGCAGAGACCAUCGGGCGGUCUCUCUUCGAAGGCGAAUCGUUCGAGAGUUGGUCGAAUGUAUACAACGUCAACACUUUCUCUAUAUUUUUCGUUACUACGGCGUUCCUUGGUCUCCUCGCCAAAGGCUCCGAGGAUGUUGCAGGCUAUACAUCGUCAGUUAUCAACAUUACGAGCGUGAGCGGUAUAGUCAAGCUUGCCCAGAACCACUUCGCGUACAACAGCGCGAAGGCGGCGGCUUCCCACCUGACUAAGAUGAUGGCCACCGAAUUUGCAGUCAAGAACAUCCCCGUUCGCGUCUGCGCGGUUGCUCCCGGAGUUUGGGAAUCCGAGAUGACCGUAGCCAAGAUCACCCCCGACCUAGUAGACCACGUCGGCAAGGGGUUGCAGCCAGUUCCCGCUAAGAGACCAGGCCUUGCCGGGGAGAUAGCCGGGACGGUGAUAUACCUCGUCUCCCCUGCAGGAUGCUACACCAACGGCCAAGAGAUCGCGGUCGAUGGCGGUUACCUGAUGGUCAACCCCUCCACAUCGUGA